AUGCCGCAAGAGGAAAUACAUGAAGUCGAACGCCGCAUGACACAAUCAGAGGGACGCCGCCACAGGACACAAGAAGACGGACGCCGCCACAGGACACAAGGAGACGGAUGCCGAACGACACAAGAAGACGGACGCCGCCACAGGACACAAGAAGAUGAACGCCGCCACAGGACACAAGAAGAUGGACGCCGCACGACACAAGAAGACGGACGCCGCCACAGGACACAAGAAGAUGGACGCCACGCGACACAAGAAGAUGGACGCCGCCACGUGACACAAGAAGACGGACGCCGCACGACACAAGAAGACGGACGCCGCCACAGGACACAAGAAGAUGGACGCCGCCACAGGACACAAGAAGAUGGACGCCGCACGACACAAGAAGACGGACGCCGCCACAGGACACAAGGAGAUGGACGCCACACGACACAAGAAGAUGGACGCCGCCACGUGACACAAGAAGACGGACGCCGCACGACACAAGAAGACGGACGCCGCACGACACAAGAAGACGGACGCCGCCACAGGACACAAGAUGGACGCCGCACGACACAAGAAGACGGGCGCCGGUAA